AUGAACGAGUUCAGUAAGCAGUUUCCUGAGAUGAAUCUAAGCAUCGAAUCUAUCGUCGCUAUCGGGAAUGCUGGUGAAGGCAGGUGGAAGCAGAUGUCAGACACUGAGAGAAUUCCUUAUAUAGCAGAGGAAGAGAAAAGGAAGCUGGAAUAUGAAAAGAGAACGAAUGCUUAUAGUAGGCUCGUGGCUGUUGUAGAUACCGAAGAAGAGAAAUCUGACAAGUCAAGGUCCGAGUUUGAUGACAAAGAGGAAAGUGGAGAGGAAGAGGAUGACGACGACUUGUGUAAUAUAUCCUAUGUAUGA